AAAUUUACCAGUGCACAACAAAUUCGAUUAAUUUAAUUUUUUCAGGAUUUCUAAUGAAAAUUGUUUUGAUUUAAAAGGUUCUAAAGUCUGUUCUUGGUUUGUCUAAAAUUUGUGUUCAUCAAGAUGGAUUUUUUAAGGGAUUUACACAGAUAUGCCGACCGCUCUAAAAAUUGAGCACCGCAAGAGGAGGCAUUUGUACAAGCUGUUGACGUACGCAACGGAGCUGGUAGAUGAUUUCUCGGAUACCAUGUCAACAGACCAGUACCAAUGGCAGCGGACGAUAUUAGGGCAUAACUUCAGUGUAUCCCGUACGAGUGGUCAAUGCAACGGCGAGAACUGUUCAAAUAUUAUGAACGUGUUCCGAUCCUGGCUGUACGGGCAUGAAGAUGCUCAGGUGAUGCUGGCUAGCGUACUGGUGGUCAUCGGCUUGUGGUGGUUGGUGCGGCUCGUGCUGAACCUGCUCAUCAACCUGGUCUGUCCGUUGCUGGUCGUUCUACUAGCUGUGAUGUGCGUGCCCCAGCUUCGUUCCCCACUGCUGGGACAAAACUAUCCAGCUGUGGCGAACCUACUAAGGAAUAUCUUACUCAAGAUGGCCGAAAACAUCAAGACUCAGUGA